AAACAAAAACAAAACAGUGCUGUGGCUGUGUUUAGAAUGCUUUUUUGUUGGCGAAAUAGAGCAAAAACAGGCAAUAUGGUGUCUAAAACGUCCUGGACGCUUCAAAGCGCAAAGGACAGAUACACAGCAAAAUGAAAUUAUCAUCACUGCAAUGCAAAAAACUAAAAACAUUACAUGAUCUGGAAAAAAUGGUACUUCAAUGAAAAGGAGCCUCAAGCCUGUGGCCGCUCCAAUUAGCCAAGCUACUGCUGCCAAUGCAAUCCUGUACUGGAUGCCCUUGUAUCUCAGGAAUAUUACUGGAUGAAUCACUGCCAGAAAAUCCUUCAGCAACAGGUGGUACGUUCCCUGCAAGCAUCUCUCAAUCAGCCUGCAAUUUUCCUGCAAGACAACGCCCCCUGUCACACUGCAAAACAGACAUCCACAUGCUGCUCAAAUCAAUCCCAGGCCAGUGUGUUUGUCUCAGAUGAGCGGUGUUUUCACCAGUGUGCCACCACUAGCACAAGUGUUCCUGUUGAGACUAGCCCAACUUGAAGCUCAGCUAGUUUUAAACCUGAUUAGUAAUGUUGCAUCUGGAAAUAAUAGCGGUUAUGGGAACCCUCUUGUUCCUUUAAAUCUCUUACAGCCUGUUGGCAUUCAAAGAUCCUCAUUUUUGAGCAAGUACCAGCACCCAGGGGGUUUUAAAAACAUCAAUUCCACACUUCACAUGGUUAGUCAUCCUUCAACAUCAGUCACAGAAAUUAAUUCAGUCAUUGCCAAUAAGGAGAGUGGUGCACUUCUGGCAAAAGAGAUUAUUCAGGAGAAAACACUAGAUCCCAUCGUGAAUAAUACAACAUUGCCACUGCCAACAUCUGAGGAAGCCCUUUUUAGAUCCAGUCCCAAACAUUACGCCUUAAAACCACACAUGGACUGUUCUCAAUACCAGUCAAUGACAGCCAAAGCAAUGAUGCCUCCUGAUAGACCACAGAUUGAAGAAGCAGAGCCAAAGCAACAAACAAUGCUGCAGUAUCCAACAGAAAAUCUGAUCAAAGCUUUAACCAGCCUUGGCCUUUCUCUUGAGGAUCUAGAAUUACUUAGUCACUGCCCAGACAACCAGUUAACAACAGAGAAUCUCCCCUUCAUUAUACAAGACAUUCAACAGCGCAAAGGAACAAAGGACAUGAAAUGUGGCCAUGCUAGAUGGAUCUCAUCUGAUCAAGUGGAAUCAUCCAGAGAGUCAUCAUACACUCAAGGGGAACAGAGCAAUCCGAGGAUGAUAAAUGGUGAAUGGCAACAAUCCCAUUCCCAUAGAUCUCUCAGCCCUGAAAGAUGUCGCCCAUCUAAAGUUAUUUAUAAGCACUUCUCGACCCAAUCUAGAACAUUUAGAAUAAGACAUUCAGGAAGAGGAUCAAAUUCCUUCCUAAAGAGGCUGCAACAUGGGCCUGCUGAAGUCACUAGGAGGAGGCCUGGUUCAGUCUAUUUUCCCCCUCGAUCAAAACGCAGCAUAAGGCAAAGCUUUGUCUCUCUAGACUAUAAUAAAGCAAGACAUUGUACUACAAAAAGAGCCUUGUCCUCUCCACACAGAUCCAACACUUACAAAGCCAUGACAAAAGGUCAUCAACAGUCUUCAUUUCCUGUCAAAUCUGCAAAAUCAGAAAUAACCUCUGAAUCCAUCAACAUUCAGAUGCCAGUAACUAAGACGACUGCAAAGACAUCAGCACAAACUAAGGGUGUGAUUCGUGUGUCUGGAAUCCCUCUUGAAUACUCUGAGAGUGAACUCAUCAGAAUGGCAUCCCCGUUUGGUCAAUCUGUUGAGGUUUUAAUGGCAACUGAGAUUGACACAACAACCUGUCUAGAACGGAAGAAGGCUUUACUGAUGUUUCCAACAGACUUCUCGGCCGAGGAGAUGGUGAAGGUUUACUCUGCGAUCCCAGUUCACAUGAGACAGCAAAGUUUGGAGCUGGUGUCCCAAACCGUUGACUUUAGUUCACCUGUGUCAGUGUUUCAUGCUUUUGUGGGACCAUCACUGUCAAAUGGGCUGAUGACGCCUUUGGACCAUUUGCUGGUUGUAUGUAAUGUUCCCAAUCAGCCCAGUGCUGCUACAGCGGUGCUACGGCUGCUAAAGCCUUUUGGACAAGUUUUCAGAACUCUGAUACUUCAUGGAAACAAGGUGGAUGUUGAUCAGUGCGUUGGGGACAAUAGCAGCAUCCAGAUGGUUUUAGAGAUGGAAUCCCCUUCUGUUGCGUUAUCUGUACAUGAGUGGUCUCAAAAAAUUCCUUGUCUUUAUCACAACCAUCAUCUGUCUUUCCUCAGAGGAUGUAAUAUAAAGAAAAAUAAACCUGAGGUCAAUUCAGCCUGAUAUCCCCACAGUUUGUCUCCUUAAAUAUUGUAUAUUUUCAUUAUCUUUGUUGAAAUCCUGGAAAUAUCAGGGAAUUUUAAAAGUCUGGAAAAUGUAAUUAUCCAUAACAAUCAGCUUGAAAGGUCAUGGAAAGGUCAGUUGGAAUGCAUGGGUCAAAACUGAUUCAAUAUCAGCUCAACAGAUGUUCUCAAAAUUAUAUAUUAGGCCUAUAUAUUAAAUUAUACAACAUGGAUGUGAUUUGAAUUGUUUUACUGUUAAAAAGGUCAAGAUCACUGAGGUGACAAACCCAAAUCACAGUUUUAAAGAGUUAAUUCACCCACAGAAAUCAAGAUAAAAAAACAUUUACUCACCUUAACAUUUUCCUUAUCAAAUCACAUUUUUAUUUCAUAUUUUCCAAGAAAUUAGAAUGUAUGCUUUUUCCCAUACAAUAAAAGCAUUAGUAACCAGGGGCCAUCAAGUUGAAAAAGGAUAAAAGAGCGCCAUUAGGUCUGAUGUCAUUCAUGAACCAAGUUUAAAAGAUGUGUCCCUGUAUAUAUAUAUGCAAGUAAGAUUUGAGAGUUGUGCCAGGGGGCAGAUUUUCACACCACAAUGCACUUCAUUUGGCCUUAAAGGGACAGUUCACCCAAAAAUGAAGAAUUCUUUCAUCAUCUGUGACCCUGGACCAGGGCCGUAGCUAGUGGGGUGAAAGGUAGUGACAAUUCUAGGAAUUAUACUAUAUAGGCCCAUGUUCUGUGAAUAAUUCUAAUAUUUUAUUAAUUGUAUAACUGAGAUAUUAUGAAAACCACAAAAAUCAUGCAAUUUGGUUAAAUAAAUCCAGAUCGUGAACAAGACGACCAAUCAGAGUUGAGAUGUCAGAUGAAGUUAGCGAUGUACAUUAGUGAUGGGAAGUUCGGAUCAUUUUACUGACUCGACCUUUGAGUCUCAUUCAGCAAAAUGAACUAAUCUUUUUUCGAGUCAUUUCGUUCAUUUUAGCAAAAUAUAAUUAAAAUGUUACAUGCUACUUCCCUAACACAUCUACUACUUAUGCAAACGUUGAUCACACUACAAACAAUACAAAACUAAUGCUAUAAGAAACAUAAAAGAUUCAUUCAUUGUUUACCUGGGUCUGUCUAUUAUUAGCUCACCUCUUAUCUGACAAGUCUUCAGGUUUGAGUCGUUCGUUCAUCACGUGACAGCCUCAUAAGCUAAACCCAGGGGCGUAAAUUUCAUUUAACGGUAGGUGGGGACAAUAAACAUAAAAUUUCUCAAGAGCAAUUUUUGAAGGGGACACAAAUAAUACAGCCAAAAUUGUACUUGGCUGUGUACACAGCAUAGAGACCGUGUUUAAAUAUGAGUUUGGUUCAUAUGGUUCACCACACGGUCAUAUUAUAAUUAUUAUUUUGCGUCAUCCAUGGUAUUUUAGGUUUCGUCUGAAACCGAGUAUGUCUCUUUAGAUAUUCAACCGCAUUAAGCCCAUAUUGAGCAAAACCCAACACAUCGGUAGGUCUACAAUAUUAGCCUAAUAUCAGUUCACACACAGGCUUAUCGCCGUGUUAGUUGUAGCGGGUGACAAGCUACGGUAAUAAGCUUGUUAACCUUAUAAUCGCUCAUAGAAAAAACAUGGGAUAUCAUAAUUGUUUUGCGUUUAUUUUGUUUUAUUACUCACACAGUUAUUUUAAGUACAUGUCCAUUAUAUUAUUUUUAAUCCACAGAGUCGCUUGUAAUGAUAUUUUUAGGGGGGACAACCCUCAGAUGGGGGGGUCCUGUCCCUCCUGUCCCCCCCGGGAUUUACGUCUAUGGCUAAACCUAUGCAGUCAGAGCCGGAAAGAGAAUUGAUUAGUUCAUCUCUCGAGUCUUUCGAGUCCUUCGUUCUUUUGUCAAGUGAUGUGACAGCAUUGGACACAUAAAUUUGUUAAUUUACAAGCUUCCUUACAAACGGGUGCAUAGUUAUUAUUAUUAUUGUUAUUAUUAUUAUUAUUAUUUACUCUUACAGUUACUGCAUAGGUUACGCUUAUGGGGCUGUCACGUGAUGAACGAACGACUCAAAUCCGAAGACUCAAAACAGGUGAACUAAUUCAGUGCAGAACCUAUAGGAUGUUGCGCAUGCGUGACUGAACGAAUCACUCUCCGAGAUGACUCGUUCUUCCCGAGUCACAUUAAAGAUUUGUUCAAAAAGAACGAAUCGUUCAAGAACGACCCUAAUGUCCAUGCUGACUGACAAUGUCGGGGAAAAGAAAAUCAGGUUACCAUUGUAUUUGUUAGGAUUUAUUAUUAUUAUUAUUCCGCGCUAAAACUGAUCGUGCAGCCCAAAUCGUAAGAGUUACAUCAAUAUUUUUUCAGGGGGCCCCCAAUCCUCUAGCUACGGCCCUGCCCUGGACCACAAAUCCAGUCAUAAGUCGCACAGGUAUAUUUAUAGCAAUAGCCAACAAUACUGUACAUUGUAUGGGCCAAAUUUUUAGAUUUUUCUUUUAUGCCAAAAACCAUUAGGAUAAAGAUGUAUCAAAUGUAUCAAAACUUAAAUUUUGAUUAGUAAUAUGCACUGCUAAGAACUUCAUUUGGACAACUUUAAAGGCAAUCUUCUCAAUAUUUAGAAUUUUUUUUUUUUUUUUUUUUGCACCCUCAGAUUCUAGAUUUUCAAAUAGUUGUAUCUCUGCCAAAUAUCGUCCUAUCCUAAUAAAUGGAAAGCUUAUUUAUUCAGCUUUCAGAUGAUGUAUAAAUCUCAAUUUCAAAAUAUUUACCCUUAUGACUGGUUUUAUGGUCCUGGGUCACAUUUAUCCAUCCUAGUUGUUCCAACCCUGUAUGAGUUUCUUUUUUAUGUAUAAAACAAAUUAACAUAUUUGUCUGGCUGAUUGUUUCCUAUUAAAUGUAAAGAACAUUUCUCACUUUAAAAGUAACCGUUCCCUGACCGGGAAUCGAACCCGGGCCGCGGCGGUGAGAGCGCCGAAUCCUAACCACUAGACCACCAGGGAGCGCUGUGCAGAGCGCGAUGAAUAUAGUAGUAGCCAGAUUCAUAAAUUCAAUUAAUAUUUCAUCAACCUGUGACAUAGCAUUUUGCUGUUUAUCAUGUAUUCAUACUUUAUUGUUUCACAUGUAAUUAGCAGUCAAUAUAUAGUAGAUUCUACAGCUUGUGUAGUAUUCAGCAGGGAGUUACGUUUGUUUAUAACAUCUGGGUCACUGUAUACUUACCUUAAAAUGCUGUGAAUGAGUGUUUUUGUACUAAUUACUUUUUUUAAAUCGCUUAAAUUGUUCUAUAUUAAACAUUUGAGUGGGUUAUAUCAGAUACAAAUCUGGGUUAAUGACACGAUUUCAUAAGAGGUUACACCUCAUGAUGCUUUAUCCAAACUAUGUCAGCGCAUCUGUCCAAAUAAAACAAGCAUGUUCUUACA